AUGCAAGUUUCCGCAUUCAUAGUGGUGCUGGUAGCCGCUGGGGAUGGACAAGAGAGAUGGGCGACGGCUUGGCAACUGACUGCACGUGCCCCUGCGCUACCUCCAUCAUCGCUCCGCUCUACUACCUCUGACGUCUUGAGAGAUGCGCGGCAAACCCAUGCGCACAUCUCGCAGCUACCAAAUAUCAAAGCCAAUAACUUGCCACCAGACACGAAUGCCGCCAGUGCGCGUCUGUGGGUUCACGGUCCCGCACCCACCCAUGUCUCGACUUCCGUCGGUUCAUCCGAGCACUUGACGCUUUCGCCUCUGCGCGCCUCGACACCUGCAAGUCACGAGGCUCACGUCUCUGACACUUCACUUGCACCGCACCACCCACAGCCUGACACCGAUGAAGAGGCUUGGUGGCACAAUAUAGACUUGGAUGAGAUGCAUGAUCUCCUGCGAACGCCGUCGCCAGCUCAUGGCACGCAUCUGCACCAACAGCAUGCAGUGGAUGAUGACUGGAUCAACUCUUUGCUGCGCACGCCUGAUGGUACGCCGCCACGCACUCCGCUGCAUCCGAGCUCCAGCGCGUCCGUUGGUGGGUCUCCGACAGCAGUGCAGCCGGAUGCUAGGAGCAAUGAGCAGCAAGCGGCGUCGCCUUUGCUGCAUUCGGUCGCUUCCGAUUCAAGCACUCUGCCAAAUAUGAAAGGCACCCAAAAGCAAGCAGGAAACGUCGAUGCAUCACCGGGAGAGGGGACACGGGGCACGAGGAGCACGUCCAAGACAAGUGAUCACGUUGAUGGGACGAGUCGGAGCAUCGACGGUGCGCAGAGGACAAACUCCGAUGCCCGACGCCUGAGGCCGUCAAAAGCGCAGAUGCAGAUCCUACUUUCCGCAAAACGCUGGAAGGGAACAGCGGAAGAGUUUGUGCCGCACCUGCCAAACGACAUUCGACAGAUCUACAAGCUGAAAGAUUGGGCAAAGGCGAUCGGCACGCGCACCGACACUUUUCAGGCGGCCAUCGAUGCACGUGCUCGCACGGCCGGUCUCGCAAAAGCGCCUGAUACGUACGCAGAAUGGCUUGCGCGACCGAUCAGGACGUUCAACAGGGUCAAUCAACUGCGCUCAGGCGCCACUGCUCUUUUCAGAGAACGGGACGAGGCGAUGCGGAACAACAGGGAGACCACCGACGUCGAUGCUCGCAUUGCCGAGAUGGCGGCCCAGCACGGCGUGAGCCAUCCAAAAUCGAGGCAGCAUUUCAACGACAUGAUUUCGAGAAAGAGGAAACGCGCAAAGCGAGCGGCGGCGAAGGCAGCAGCGGCGACCGAAGAACCUCUGCGGAGCGCAUCUCCAUAG